AUGGGCAGAGGUGUUCAAAGUCGGUACAACGAAACAGUGUUCUGGAAAGUCAUUCUCAAGGGUGCGGCGCUGAUUGAUCAAACAACACUGCCACCCGCGAACGGGCCUGCAGAUGGAUUCACCAUGGCAGAAAAUGGUGCAACAAAGAAAUUCAUGGAGGCUGCUGGAUACGGGUUGGGAGCUGAGAACCAACGACAGUACCGCAUUUUCUGGAAAACCCUAUUCCAAAUGCGUGAAUCGGCAGAAGUCUCGCUCAUGGAUGCAAUCAUGUCGUGGGAGACCCAAUAUAGACCUUUUAUCGAGCAACUGGAAACACGGGUUCUCAGUUUUGCAGAAGGUGACCUAGCGCGACUUUGCGAUCUUGACAAUCUCUAA